AUAUGAUGCUCCGACAAAAAGUCGACCGCUGCUAACUUGCGACCCCACAAUAAUCAUCGCCUGCUCCAUAGUUCUAUGAUUAUCAACAUCAAGCCUAUCUGCGUUCAACCUUCUUUGUUACCAUGUCCCAGAGCGAAAGGCGCACGUUUAUCAACUACGACCUAUCUAAUCCCCGGCCAACGCAAAGCCAGCGCCGAAAUGUGUCAGCUUUUAUUGGAAGGCAUUUUCGAAAUCGUUCAGCCCCCGCGCAACAAGCACAGUCGCUCCCUCACAACGAUGACGGGAGGCGACUUCCCCUCUUACCGAGUCCGUCGGCUGUAGUGAAUGGCCGACAAGUAGUGCGGAAUUCGCAGCCAUGCAGCUCAGGCGGCGCCAGAUGCUCUUCCCAACAAAUAGGCACUGGGUCGGAAUUUUCCGACUCUGUAGGGCCAUGUUCCAAUGGUUUCAGCCCCCUGCUACGGCCGGUAGUAGAAUGCCUCGUCCCAGCCUACCCGACUGAACAUCGACAGAAAAUCUUUCAAAUUCUUGAUUUCCACAUCCAUUACAUCCUCAACCUAAAAACUCAUUGGGGUGAAGGUCCAAAUGCGUUUGCACGCUGUUGGGUACAGAUGAUCUGCAGCGAUAUAGUACUUUUCGAUUCAGUAGCCGCAUUUUCACACGGCAUACGUAUUACUACCUUGGGAGAUCAGGUUACACCAACUGCCGGCAUGUUAUGGCACAAGGCUCGGGCAUUGAGGGGCCUUCAAGCCAAACUUUCAGCAGAGAAUGUGGACAAAGUGGCUGUACGGGCUUCAAAUGAAACAAUUUUAGCGACAUUCUACCUAAUGGAAGCAGCGGCAAGAUUUGGUCAUAGCACUGAGUUCAAGACCCAUUGUCUUGGCUUUCUUCACAUGAUGCACUUGAGGGGCCAGGUCAUAAGCCCUUGUUUGGAAGACCUCUAUUUUACGCAGGCGGCGGGAUUGGUAGAAGGGACCGAGAUGGCAGCCAAGCUCAGACAUGGACUCAUUCCCAAUGCUCCUCCAAUACCUAGCCAUGAGUCAGUCGCUAUUACCUCUGACGCGAGAAUAUUGAGUCUUCAAUACCUUCAACCAGGAUUGCAAUCUGAGAGGGUUUUACGAGACACUAUCGAUAGCUUACCAGUGGGUUUUCGUGACUUGGCUGCGACAGGAAGUCUCAGUACGGAUUUUAUCCUUCUCCUGGAAGAGCAGCUUCAACAAUAUGAUAACACGACGGAAGCAGCAGAACGACAAAUGAAGGGAAUUAGAAAAGCUUGGCUUUUGGCUAGUCAGUCACAUAAUGCGGUAGAAGAAUUGGCUUGCUUGGGUAUUAUCGCAUUCCCCACACGGCAUACAGCUCAGAUGCAGUUAUUUCCGGAAUUAUCAUUACUUAAAGGGGUAAAGCUGCUGGGGCAGCAGGUGAGAUUUUUUGGCUUAGCUGGACCCUUCUGUUUUCUUGAACUCAGAGCUUGGGUUAUACUUGCUGGUGCUGAAAUCGCCACAACAGCGGGUGCCGCUCUGAAGCAGCAUGCUUAUGAUAUGAUGACCGAGUUGCUUUUCGAAGAGCGAUGGAUCGACAGUUGGAGGAGUAUUGAAAGGGCGGUUAAAGGAUACUUGUGGAACGAAAAGACCACGGUUGCGUGGAAGAGAUACUGGACUAGCUAUCAAGAUGUAAAUAGGAGCUGAUAUCGAAGCCGAGAAGAUUUGCAAUAGAGAUGGCGCACGAUGGCAUGAAAUAGCUAAAC